ACUCUGGUCCCACUGGCCACCGACUCCUCUUCACCGCGAGCCUAUUUUCACCGCGUCCUCAGUUUAUGCUCGAUGAGCACUGGUAAGAGCUUCUUGAUUAUUUGAGCACUGAAUUUGAGCUACCCAAACUUGUGAAAUUGAGGGCACGCAAGAGGAAGAGAAUCGCUGAAACCAAACCAAAAAGUAGUGAUAUAAUAUGGAAGAGAGAAGGAAAGGGAGUGUGAGUUUAGAAGGGAAGAAGGUGAUAUUGGUGCCUUACAUGGAGACCCAUGUUCCCAAAUAUCAUGAAUGGAUGCAAGACGGUUCUCUACUUCAAGCCACAGCAUCUGAGCCUCUCACCCUUGACCAAGAGUACCAUAUGCAACUCUCUUGGUCCCAAGACCCUAACAAGGAGACGUUUAUUGUGCUGGACAAGGACUUUGUUGUUGGCCAUUUCUCGCACGGGGAACCCCACAUUGAAGCCAUGGCUGGUGAUGUAAAUAUAUUCAUGAAUGAUUUGGAUAAUCCUCACAUGGCAGAGAUUGAAAUAAUGAUAGCUGAACUAAAGAGCCGUAGAAAAGGACUUGGGAAGGAGUCUGUUUUGAUGAUGAUGGCCUUUGCUAUUGAGAAGUUUGGAAUCAACAUAUUUCAGGUUAAAAUUGGAGAAUCUAAUGAAGCAUCCCUUGACCUGUUCAGAAAAUUGGGGUUUGUUCAAACAUCAUAUAGCAACAUCUUCAAAGAGGUGACUUUGGAGUUGCAAAUAACACAACCAAAGAAUGAGGAGAUACUUGGUUUGAUGGGUACUCUUGUCAAACAUACAUAAUCCUAAGCAACAUCUCACUUCAUGUUAUUUAUUGGUAAUAGAAUAAUCUCUUUUGUUGGUGUUUCUUGUUUUGUGAUUUACGACUAAAAAUUGACCUGACUGUAUAAAAUUUGGACACUAUUCAUCUAACUAUUAUUGCCACCCAA